GCAGGCAGGGGCAGCAAGAUGGCAUCACAGAGGCAGGUCCUCCUCUGCUUGUUGCUGUGGGUCUCAGGUGCCCAUGGGGACAUCACAAUGACUCAGUCUCCAGGCUCGCUGGCUGGGUCUCCAGGUCAGCGGGUCACCAUGAACUGCAGAGCCAGUCAGAGUGUUAGCAACUAUGUAGCCUGGUACCAGCAGAAACCUGGGCAGGCUCCCAGGCUCCUCAUCUAUGAUGCAUCCAGCAGGGCCACGGGCAUCCCAGACCGGUUCAGCGGCAGUGGGUCUGGGACAGACUUCACCCUCAGCAUCAGCAACCUCCAGGUGGAAGAUGUGGGAAACUAUUACUGCCAGCAGGACUCUGAGUGGCAGAAGUACUUCAGCCAGGGGACCAAGCUGGAGAUAAAACGGAAUGAUGCCCAGCCAUCCGUCUUUUUGUUCCAACCAUCUCCGGACCAGUUACAUACCGGCAGUGCCUCUGUUGUGUGCUUGCUGAAUAGCUUCUACCCCAGAGAAGUCGAUGUCAAAUGGAAGGUUGAUGGUGUUACCAAAAACACAGGCAUCCUGGAAAGUGUCACAGAACAGAACAGCAAGGACAGCACCUACAGCCUCAGCAGCACCUUGACGAUGCCCAGUACGGAGUACCUAAGUCAUGAGAAGUACUCCUGUGAGGUCACUCACAAGAGCCUGUCCUCCCCUCUUGUCAAGAGCUUCCAAAGGAGCGAGUGCCAAUGAGUGGCCUAGCAGCCCCCACCACCUAUCCCUCAGUCCCAGCCUCUGUGCCUCCCCCGUCAGGCCUCUGGUCCUUUCCAUCAGAGACCCACCCCUGUUGCAGACCCCUCUCCCCACCUUACUACCUCCCCCUUUGGCUUUAAUCAUGCUAAUAAUAUUUGGGGGGAACAAAUAAAUAAAGUGAAUCUUUGCACCUGUGA